UUUAUAGCGUUGUCAUGGCAACAUAAACAAGGUGUUACAAUGGCGUUCUCUUGUACCCCACGUGGUUUUUCUUGUCUUUCAAAAAUCAGUGUCUUGUUUAUUAGACCAGAAACACGUAGAUAUACUCGUAGUCUUCACAGGAACCCUUUAAAUAUCCUAACAUCGGAGGAAGCAAGAAAAUCUAGCAGAAAGCCAUCACUGGUUUACCAUGAUUCGAUCAGUGAUGCUGCAAACAAACAAGUACAGCAAACGACACAUAAAAACAUUCGAGUUGAACAUACUAGCCUGAAAAUCACAAAGUAUGAGCAGGUCGAUGACUCUACUGUAUCGACAAAGAAUCCAAGAAGUGCAUUAAGCUCCCAUCUCAGUUCUAAUCCAAAAAAGACUGCCAUUACCAGUACAACAAAAAAAGUUCCAAAAUCUGGUAGAAUGACUGUAUAUUCAAAUGGAGAAGAAUUGGAAGUGGAUAUUGUGGCAGAAAAGUUAGUUGCGGAGAGAACAUUGAGCUCACUUAUCCAAAAUGUUAAGUCUACCAAAGCAAGGCAGGCAUCAGGGAAAAUCCUAUUAGAAGGAGAACGUUUAAUAUCUGAUGCAAUGUGUGCAGGAGUACAUGCUGAAGCAAUUUUCUUCAGCAAUAUUAAACUAUUAACCACCCUACCUUUGAAAAGUCAUACAUCUACGAAGCUUUACCAGGUGAACCAAGCUAAAAUCCAACUUUGGUCAGAUCUGAUAACUAGUCCUGGCAUUAUGGGUGUCUUUGAUGUGAGCAACCUGCAAAACUCCAGUUUUAAUGAAGAUAUCCCAUUAACAAUAAUAUGUGAUAAUGUUAGAGACCCUGGAAAUAUGGGCACUCUCAUAAGAUGUGCAGCAGCAGCAGGUUGUAAAAUGCUUGUUACCACACCAGAUUGUGUUGAUGUUUGGGAUUCCAAGGUUCUUCGGGCUGCCUCUGGAGCACAUUUUAGAACAAAAUUAUCUCUAAACGUGGAUUGGGAUUUGAUUGCUGGAAACUUCGUUACACAGGAUGAUACUGUUCUAUUGGCAGAUUCUUGUGUUCAAGAAAUCUCUACGACAUCGCACCUAGUCGACGGAAAAAACACUUUAGGCAGUCAACUGUCAUGGCUGGAAAGAGAACAUAGCGCAAAAGCUAAAAGUGUAGAAAUUCUCGUAAACGGAAAUGCCCUAUUGCGCGAUUCAUCUUAUUUAGAUGAAAAAAAUCUUCGAAUUUAUAAAAACUUGCCGCUACCCCAUUGUGCAUAUGACAAGUUAAAUCUAGAUGCUGCUUCCAUUACUUUGGUUAUUGGCGGAGAAACUCAUGGCCUUAGUUCUGCAGCCCACAAAUUGGCGCACGACCAUGGGGGUUUAAAGGUUUUCAUUCCACUGGCGAACGAAGUAAACAGCUUGAAUGCUGGUGUAGCCAUGGGUAUCUUGGUAUAUGAAGUACGACGACUGUUCCUACAAAAAAAGAAAACAACUUCUGAAACGCAAAAAACAUAACAAAACAACAUUACAUUUAGUGCCAAUACAUUAUGCA